AUGCUUACUUCUGGCUACCCACCAACUGGUGUUGUGCCCGGAAACCAAGUCUCCGCGGGUAGUGCAUUUUCGCACCAAGGCCAUCCGCCUCCACAUCCAGCUGUCGCCGCCUUCUUGAGCCAAGCUUCUGGACAUCACUCGGUCAGUGCAGCAGCAGCAGCUGCAGCUUCUGCUGCUUUCAUCUCUGCUCAACAGUCAUUGUCUUCUGUUCUCGGUGGGGGUAAUGGUGCGAGAAACGAGCAUACCUGCUCAGGGCCUAAUGCAAGCCUUAACAAUAAUGGUAACACAGUCGGUGGUGAUGGCAAUCAUGUUAUAGGCAGCAACAAUGGCCAAGGAGGGUACCCGGCCCAUGGCCUUAUGAAUAAUCUUGCUUUGCAGUCUGAUGCCUUUCGACUUUCCGGCUCUGGGCUCGGUACUCCUCACCAUCCGCAUGCACAACAUUCUGGACCUGCUCUUGCUGCGCUACUUCAACAGCCUCCACAUCUCCAGCCUCGUUUUGGUACCGCCCCUCUUGAGUUCAGUUAG